UGUGCAUGCAGACUAGACAACUUCAUAAGAUCUGGAGAAUGAUCAGUGGGGAACUCUGUCAAAGCGAAUAUCAUUCUCAUCAAUUAUUCAAAUUUAACAUUUUUCUCGAAAUGUUCUCUUUUCUCAUCCCAUUGUGGGACGCUAAUAAGGUUACUAUUGCUUCCGUCGCCUCCGUAGUCUUCUUAGCCUUUGCCGGUCUAACACUCGCCGUUUCGGCCGUGGCAUUAGUUGUAUCCGCACCUCUUUUCAUCAUAUUCAGUCCGAUUCUCGUACCCGCGACUAUAGCCACUACCCUCCUAGCCACUGGGUUCACGGCCGGUGCCACUCUCGCACUGACUGCCAUUGGCCUCAUCAUAGGGCUCAUUAAGACUGCGGAAGGAACUCGGUUGGCUCUUUCCGCCCAAAGACCAUUGAAAUUGCUAAAGUUUUCAGGUGGAUAUUGGGGAUUCUGGGGAGGAAAAACAUUUUCAGGAUCAUUCGGAGACAUUUUAAAAUGGUUACAAAAACAACCUUGGUUCAAAGGUAUACCAGCAGGCGGAGCUGCACCAACGGCAGGCGGAGCUGAACCACCGGCAGCCGAAGCUGCACCACCGGCAGGAGGAGCGGCACCAGCGGCAGGCGGAGCUGCACCAGCGGCAGGCGGAGCUGCACCACCACCGGCAGGCGGAGCUGCACCAAGCAUGUAGCAUACGUAAAUUAUUGAAUCUGAAACCAAGCGUUUUGAAAACGUUUUACGUAAUAUUGAAUCUGUUUAUAUUGAUAGAAGUAAAAGACUCGAUA